AUGAGUUACGAAUCCAAAUUCGAUGCUGCUCUUGAUGCAGUGAGACGUCUUGAUCCAAAACAAAUAAGUAGCAAUCUAAAUCACAUUAUUAGUCUUGUCCAAGCUGACGACUCAGUUGACCAAGAUUCCAAAGACGAUCUCACUCAAGAUCUACUCCUGUCCAUUGACCAGCCACUCAAGGUAAAUACAUGUAAGGAAUCAGGAAAGGAGUAUUUGUGCUGUGAUUACAAUCGUGAUGGAGACAGCUACCGAUCCCAUUGGUCCAAUAAGUAUUAUCCUAGUGUUGAUGAGGAUGCUCCAUACCCUCCAGAACACUUGAGACAAUUGGAAAUCAAGGCGAAUGAUGCCUUUGAUAUAUAUCGUGACUUGUAUUAUGAAGGUGGACUUUCUUCUGUAUAUUUAUGGGAAAGUGAAGAAGACGAAGACGCUUCACAACUGUUGGACGCCGGAUUUGUUGGAGUUGUUCUUUUCCAAAAGAAGAAUGAAGGUGGUAAAUGGGAUAGUAUUCAUGUAGUUGAGGUCAUUCCAGAAACCAAAGCACUGGCAUUGUAUAAGAUAACAUCAACGGUGAUUUUGGAUUUAUCUGGAGCUCAAUCUACCAAACCUGGUCAAUUGAGUCUUUCUGGUAGCUUAAUCAGGCAAUUAGAAGCCAGUUGUUCAUUAACAAUUGAAGGAGCUACAAAUUUGGAAACUGCUCAUUUAAUCAACUUGGGUCAAUUGGUAGAGAAGCAAGAAUAUAAUAUUCGGAACUUAUUACAAGAAGUUUAUUUCGAUAAGUUGAAAGAUAUCUUCUUAAAGGAUGUAAGAUCUAUCGGUGAUGUUGGUGAUAAGAAAUUAGAAGAUGCAAAACACUCUCAAGUCAUAAAGGGUUUGCAAGCAUUAUGA